AUGGAUCUUCGUAGCAAAACGGUCCUCGGUAAACGGCAGGAUGAGUCGGGCCACGAGGAAUCCGACGGCGGUGAAUCGCACGAUUCGGACGUCAAGCUCGUCACCGACGAGCACGGGAAAGGCAGGAGAAAGGGGAAGCAACGGAAAGGACCGGAGAAGCAGCAUAGCACCGGUGGCUUCAACUUCAAAACCAACAUAGUGAACAAGGAGGUGUUGCCGCCCGUCUAUGACAUCAUCACCGCCUUCACCAAAGGUCGUGGGCCGCCAGCUCAAACUAAAGGCUGUUGCGGCCCUACCAUCAAGAGUCAGCACUUCCCAACGAAGCCGUUGUACAACGCCCUCGGCCAAAACGCCUUCGUGAGCCCUCUCGACGCGAUGCGCAUUCAGGAUGGAUACGAGCUCAGCACGGCGUUAAUCGACUUCCACAACAUGCAUUCCAAAACACCAAGCGGGGAGACAUGGGUUGCGCUUGACACUGGAGCGUAUCUGAUGGCGGCGAAUCAACAGGUUCUCUUCACUGGAUUCAAGGGCGGCACCAUCCUUGACUACAACUACGUCCUUGUAGUUGUUACUACACUGCUGCUCGGUCUGGCGCUACAAGCCGAGGAGCCCGGCCUCUCUGCCACCGCAAUCAAGCAGCGGCUUGAUCCGAUGCCUUGCGUCCCGCUUGGGUACUAUCAGUGCCCGAUGCAGGCCAACCAAGUAGACUGUGGUGUCUACGUUUGCAUCUACGCAUCUGAGCUGGUUGCCCGUGGCUUCGCUAAUCUGGACGAUGGGCUGCCAGCCUUGCCCUAUGGUGGUGGCCUUUUCCGGAGGGGGAUGCGUGCGGACAUAGUCGAACAUGCACUCAAGCGGUUGAUCCCAACCCUAGAGAGGUCUGGAGUUAUGGUGCCCCACCAAGAUCCGCCGCUCAGCAAGCGCGUGAACAAGCCAGUGUCUCCGGAGCUGGCCGAAAUCGACGCGAAGCUGCGUGAUGCUGUCGGCGACAUCCACAACAUCACCUGCCGCGUGGGGUACUGUGAGAAAGACAUCGCCAAGCUCGAGCUCCUGGUGGAGAGUCUCACCAACGACUUGUCCACCACCCGCGACGAGCUCACCGCGUUGUCUGCGCAAGUUGCAGCCUUACCAGCACCGCCGCAGCAGGGGCGUAUUGGAGGAGCGGGCGGACCCAGCGCGAGAACCGACGACCCUGCCACCCAGCAAAUUCUGGCGCCGACUGCGCAACUCGAGCAGCAAGGGGAUUCUCAUCAGAUUCAAGCGGCCCACGGCGUUAUCAACGGGCUGAUGCCCGGUACGACCGGCGAUGCAUUGACCUCGUCUCGUUGCGGUGCGCGCGGUGGAGCUCUGCCUGCCCCUUCGGAGGAUCACUCUGGGUGUAUGGGCCUGCCGCCACCGCCAUCACACUCUGUCGGGGGAGUGGUUGGAUCGGGGGAGUACGCGGGUGUUAGGCACCUCCCAGACGGAACUUGGCAAGCGAAGAUUGUCCCUGAGCCCGGGUCAUCAAGGACGCUGAUUCUUGGCCACUUCCAAGACCAGCAGCAAGCGGCCCGCGCGUUCGCUGCAGCUGCAGCCGUGCUCAGGCGGAGCAAGCCUCCCCGGGGUCGUGUGUGGCAGCUCACCGGCGAGGAGAUGGACCUGCUGGAUGGCUGCACGGCCGACAUCGUGCGGCAGCUCACUACCGCACGCGUCUGGGGGCGGUGGGAAAGGUGGCGCGUCGAGCUUGCUUCCCUCGGUGGUGCCAACCCCGCCCCUACACCCCCCGCUGUCGUGGCAGCAGCGCCAACCGCACCCGCAGCUGCUCCAACUACACUUGCCCCGGCGAAUGUAGGCAUCGCCACUCCUGCCGUGGCUCUUGCACCUGCACAGCCCACCCCUCCCGGUGGAGCUACUGCUGUGCACGUCGCAACAACUCCUGUGCCUGCGGGGGUUACUCCCGCCCCACCAGCCCAUUCUACGCAAGCCACAUUGACCAACCCCCCUGUGCAGGCCGAUGUGGUGGCGUUUGCCUCGCUGUCGUUGCCAGAGAGCGACGAGGGGGAUGUGGGCAACAACGCAACAACCCACCCGCCAGGUAUUGAUUAG